AUGUUUUCAGAUGCUAGGCACUUCGCCAUUAUCGCCUCUUGGUUGCUCGGCUGGCUGUACUUCUUGGCAUGGACGACAUCCUUCUUCCCUCAAGCGAUGCUGAACAUGAAAAGACGAACGACCCAAGGGCUCAUGCCAGACUUUCCACUACUAAAUGUCUUCGGCUUUGGAUGCUACACCUUUAGCACAGCCGUCUUUCUUUUUUCGCAGUCUAUUCACGAUCAAUAUGCGGCUCGUCACCCAAGGUCACCAGAGCCCACGAACCGCAUCAAUGAUUUGGCCUUUGGUGCUCUAGGCUUUACGAUGAGCAUCGUGACUUACUCACAGUUCUGGCCACGACUGUGGGGCUGGGAACAAAUUCCAGGCGUUCAGAGACACGCCAGCAAGGUCACACUAGGUCUGAUAUCUGGUAGUGUUUCAGCACUUGCGAUCGCUACACUUAUUGUGUCUGUCAAGGGCCAUCCGGCGGAUGGCAGAGGGUGGGCGUGGAUCGACGUGGUCUAUUGCACGGAGUACAUCAAGCUUGUGAUGACGAUAUUCAAGUACAUACCGCAGGUGACCUCGAACUUCCGGCGGAGAUCUACUAUUGGGUGGUCAAUUGCUCAGCAGCUGCUUGAUUUUACCGGAGGUGUUGGAAGCCUCCUUCAACUUGUCGUCGACAGCAGCUUGCAGAACGAUUGGUCUGGCCUGACCGGAAACCCUCUCAAGUUCGGGCUCGCAAACAUUUCCUUGGCCUUCGACGUAAUCUUUAUUCUGCAGCAUUUUGUGCUGUUCGGACCGGUGGAAGAAGACGAACUCGACAAGCAUAUCGCGAUUGCCGGCGAUCGAGCAGGGCAAGAACCUUUAUUGCCAGACCGGGAGAGUUAA